CAGCAGUGCACUGAACCGGAGAAGAAAGUAUACGGUUUAACAAGCCCAACCCGGACGGCCCAUUCCAUAACCACCAACUUUUACCCAUUUUCUAUUACUAAUCCUACUCUGUUCAACAGAAGAAGAGUAGAUUCUGCGGAGGAUUCCCCAUUAUCAAAUCCCCAAAUAAUCGAUCCCACAAUUUCCAUUUCCAAAACCCUAGCACCUCAUUCUAUUUAUUUUCUGGACUAGUUUAUUAGUCUUCGAGCUUCUGCAGUGUUGAGAGUUAAAGCAAAAGAUUUGGUGUUUUUUAGUUUUGCAAGUUUAGUUUCUGAUCGUCAUUGUGUAAGGAGCAAAAUUCAAAAUACAGCGACCAGGAUCAGGGGGCGACUUGCCCCUAGUUGGUGAGUUCAACUCAUUCCCAGUAACGAGGAGGGUCAACUCCUUCCAAUCUGUUCCAAUGGAUGAUGAUAUGGAGGGCGGUAACUUGGGGCCUUACCAAGAAAGGGCAAGGGUAUUCCCUAACAUGCGGACUAGACCAUAUACGCCCUUGAUCUUUCGCCUCUUCAUGAGAAUAAAUAUUCGUGUUCUUUUUGUGCUUAUGCUCUUGGGACUUGGAGCUAUCUUUUAUAUUGGUGCGAGUACCUCGCCGAUCAUUGUAUUUGUCUUCUUGGUUUGCAUAAUCAGUUUUCUUCUGGCAAUAUAUCUUACUAAGUGGGUCCUUGCUAAGGAUGAGGGACCUCCUGAGAUGGCCGAGAUAUCAGAUGCUAUACGUGAUGGGGCCGAAGGUUUCUUUAGAACCCAGUAUGGAACUAUCUCAAAGAUGGCUGUGCUUCUAGGAUUGGUGAUCCUCAGCAUAUACCUGUUUCGCGGUAAAACGCCUCAGCAAGAAUCUUCUGGCCUAGGGAGGUCAAUGUCGGCAUUUAUUACUGUUGCUGCUUUUCUUCUUGGGGCCUUGUGUUCUGGCAUUGCUGGUUAUGUGGGGAUGUGGGUAUCUGUUCGUGCAAAUGUAAGAGUCUCAAGUGCUGCAAGGCGAUCAGCAAGGGAGGCAUUGCAGAUAGCUGUUCGUGCUGGUGGUUUCUCUGCCCUGGUAGUUGUUGGUAUGGCUGUCGUUGGUAUUGCUAUACUUUAUGCCACUUUUUAUGUUUUGUUGGGUGUAGAUUCACCAGGGGCAAUGAAGGUUACUGACUUGCCUCUUCUUCUUGUUGGAUAUGGUUUUGGAGCUUCAUUUGUUGCCCUUUUUGCUCAAUUGGGUGGUGGAAUAUAUACUAAAGCAGCUGAUGUUGGAGCUGAUCUUGUUGGAAAAGUAGAGCAGGGAAUUCCAGAAGAUGAUCCUCGUAAUCCUGCUGUCAUUGCAGAUUUGGUUGGAGACAAUGUUGGCGACUGUGCAGCUCGGGGUGCUGAUUUGUUUGAAAGUAUUGCUGCAGAAAUUAUCAGUGCAAUGAUAUUAGGUGGAACGAUGGCACAACGCUGCAAACUUGAAGAUCCGUCAGGCUUCAUUUUGUUCCCCCUAGUUGUUCACUCAUUUGAUCUGGUGAUAUCUUCUAUUGGAAUAUUUUCUAUUCGGAACACAUAUGACUCUGGUGUGCUUGGUGCUGUAGAGGAUCCAAUGUCGAUUCUGCAGAAAGGAUAUUCUGUGACAAUUGUUUUAGCUGUUCUGACAUUUGGUUUGUCUACUCGCUGGAUGCUAUACACUGAACAAGCACCUUCUGCUUGGUUGAACUUCGCUUUAUGCGGGUUGGUUGGGAUUAUGACAGCAUAUGUUUUUGUCUGGAUCACAAAGUAUUACACUGACUACAAGCAUGAGCCUGUACGCAUGUUAGCUCUUUCUAGCUCCACUGGGCAUGGAACUAAUAUAAUUGCUGGCGUCAGUUUGGGUCUGGAGUCGACAGCUCUUCCUGUCCUUGUGAUAAGCAUAGCAAUUGUUUCAGCUUACUGGCUGGGUCACACUUCCGGGUUGGUGGAUGAAUCUGGAAACCCAACUGGUGGGUUGUUUGGGACAGCCGUUGCAACUAUGGGAAUGCUCAGUACAGCAGCAUAUGUGCUUACCAUGGACAUGUUUGGUCCAAUAGCUGAUAAUGCAGGUGGGAUUGUUGAAAUGAGUCAGCAGCCUGAAAGUGUUCGAGAGAUCACCGAUGUUCUCGAUGCAGUUGGAAAUACUACAAAAGCUACGACCAAGGGAUUUGCCAUUGGAUCUGCAGCCCUUGCAUCGUUUCUUCUAUUUAGUGCUUAUAUGGAUGAGGUAGCUACAUUUGCACAUGUACCCUUUAAUCAGGUUGACAUCGCUAUCCCUGAAGUUUUUGUUGGUGGACUUCUGGGCUCCAUGCUUAUAUUUCUUUUUAGCGCAUGGGCUUGUUCUGCAGUGGGUCGAACUGCUCAGGAGGUUGUUAAGGAAGUAAGAAGACAGUUCAUUGAGAGGCCAGGCAUCAUGGAUUACAAGGAGAAACCAGAUUAUGGUCGAUGUGUAUCUAUCGUUGCAUCUGCUUCUUUGAGGGAGAUGAUAAAGCCUGGGGCAUUGGCCAUCAUAUCACCUAUUGUAGUUGGUUUGGUGUUUCGGGUGCUGGGAUAUUACACAGGGCAUCCACUACUUGGAGCCAAAGUGGUGGCUGCCAUGUUAAUGUUCGCCACUGUUUCUGGUAUUCUCAUGGCUCUUUUCCUGAACACUGCUGGAGGCGCCUGGGAUAAUGCGAAGAAGUACAUUGAAACGGGCGCUCUUGGUGGCAAAGGCAGUGACUCCCACAAAGCAGCAGUUACCGGUGACACGGUAGGAGAUCCAUUCAAAGACACUGCUGGACCAUCACUUCAUGUACUUAUCAAAAUGCUUGCAACAAUAACCCUUGUCAUGGCUCCUAUCUUUCUAUGAGAGAAUUUCAAGUCUUGCGAAAUAUACGACAUGAUUUGCUGAAACUUUUAUGUACACUUGCUGGUUUUGAUGUAAUUUGAGGGACCCUAACUAAAAAAAUGUUCAGUACUUACUAUUUUUCCCUAGCUUAAUUUGAAUAAGAUAUCUUUUUCAAGUGGGACAUGUUAGAA